GCGGCACCACCCAGCCCGGCCGGCCCUGGUCCCCGCCCCGCCCCGCCCGCAGCCCCGACUGCUCUCUGCCGGCUGGCGCUAGGGGGCACCACCGGCCUCGCCCGCCUGCCCCCUCCCGGCUCGGGGCCGCCUCCCCUCUUUGCCACCGGCCCGCCCAGGAUGGCUUCCCACCACCAGCAGCAGCAGCCCGGCUGAGCAGCCCCCUCGGCGGCGCGUGUGCCACGGGAAGGCUCGGCCAUGGGGGCCGCCCGCCCCAGCCGCUGAGGCUGCCGCUGCGCCCUGCGCGCCUCGCCCUUGAUGCGCGCCCCGGCGGCGGGCACCCCCGGCCUGCCCGACCAAGAGGAGCCGCCCGGCCCCGCCGCCGCCCCGCCCCGCGCGCCCGGCCAGCCUGCUGCCGCUCCUGUGGCUGCGCGCCCUUCGACGCGGCGCCGGGCCUGGCGCGAAGGCUGCCGCCGCCGCCGCCGAUCGGGGCCGGGCAGGGAUGCGCCCGCGGCGGCGGGAGGGCAGCGGGGGCGCCCGCCGCGCAAGGGCGUCUGAAGGGAAGGCGCCGCCCGCCUCCUGAGCCGCGCGCCCCGCCAUGGAGGCCCAGUCGCAGGAAGGGUCGCGGCGGGGGACGCUCCAGGGGCCCCCCGACCCUCGCCCCGCCAAGGCGCCACCGACGCCCAUGCUGGACGGCGAGGCCUCCGGCCGGCCCCCGACGGCGGGCUCCCGCUCCGGCUGCUGCCAGCCCACCCCCGACGGCGGCGGCUCCCACUCGCAGCCGCCCACCCGGAAAGGCUCGGCGGCCCCCAGCCGGUCGGAGCUGAUGGCGCCGGGCAGCGUGGCCGAGCAAAUCGUGGCCGCCGACUUCGCCUCCGCCGCCGCUGCCGCCGCCGGCCCCGAGGAGCCCGGGGGCACCUUCGUGCAGCGGCAGCUGGGGGCCAUGCUCCAGCCGGCCGUCAACAAGUUCUCGCUGCGCAUGUUCGGCAGCCACAAGGCGGUGGAGCUCGAGCAGCAGCGGGUCAAGUCGGCCGGCUCCUGGAUCAUCCACCCCUACAGCGACUUCAGGUUCUACUGGGACCUGAUCAUGCUGCUCUUAAUGGUGGGGAACUUGAUCAUCCUGCCCGUGGGCAUCACCUUCUUCAAAGACGAAAACACCCCGCCCUGGAUCGUCUUCAACGUCCUCUCCGACACGUUCUUCCUGGCCGACCUGGUGCUGAACUUCCGCACGGGCAUCGUGGUGGAGGACAACACGGAGAUCAUCCUGGACCCCCACACCAUCAAGAUGAAAUACCUCAAGACCUGGUUCCUGGUCGACUUUGUGUCCUCUAUCCCCGUCGACUACAUCUUCCUCGUCGUGGACUUGGAGACCCAGGUGGAUUCCGAAGUCUACAAAACGGCCCGGGCCCUCCGUAUCGUCCGCUUCACCAAGAUCCUCAGCCUGCUGCGCCUCCUCCGCCUCUCCCGACUCAUCCGAUACAUCCACCAGUGGGAGGAGAUCUUCCACAUGACCUACGACCUGGCCAGCGCCGUGGUCCGGAUCUUCAACCUCAUCGGGAUGAUGCUUCUGCUGUGCCACUGGGAUGGGUGUCUGCAGUUCCUGGUCCCCAUGCUGCAGGACUUCCCAGAGGAUUGCUGGGUCUCCAUCAACCACAUGGUGAACGAUUCCUGGGGCAAGCAGUACUCCCACGCCCUCUUCAAGGCCAUGAGCCACAUGCUGUGCAUCGGAUACGGGCAGCAGGCCCCAGAAGGUAUGACCGACGUCUGGUUGACCAUGCUCAGCAUGAUCGUGGGCGCCACUUGCUACGCCAUGUUCAUCGGCCACGCCACCGCCCUCAUCCAGUCGCUGGACUCCUCUCGGCGCCAGUACCAGGAGAAGUACAAGCAAGUGGAGCAAUACAUGUCCUUCCACAAGUUGCCGGGAGAUACACGCCAACGCAUCCAUGAGUACUAUGAACACCGCUACCAGGGCAAGAUGUUUGACGAGGAAAAUAUCCUGGGGGAGCUGAGCGAGCCACUGAAGGAGGAGAUCAUCAACUUCAACUGCCGUAACCUGGUGGCCAACAUGCCACUUUUCGCCAACGCCGACCCCAACUUUGUGACCGCCAUGUUGACCAAACUGCGCUUCGAGGUUUUCCAGCCUGCAGACUUCAUCAUUCGAGAAGGCACCGUGGGCAAGAAGAUGUAUUUCAUCCAGCAUGGCGUGGUCAGCAUUCUCACUCGUGGCUCCAAGGAAAUGAAGCUCUCCGACGGCUCCUAUUUUGGGGAAAUCUGCCUCCUGACUCGGGGCCGGCGCACGGCCAGCGUCCGUGCCGACACCUACUGCCGCCUCUACUCGCUCUCGGUGGACAACUUCAACGAGGUCUUGGAGGAGUACCCCAUGAUGCGCCGGGCCUUUGAAACUGUAGCCAUGGACCGACUGGACCGCAUAGGGAAGAAGAACUCCAUCCUGCUGCGCAAACGGGCAGAGCACAGCUCCAGCACCUUGAACAACGAGAUGAUCCAGCAGAUCGUCAAGCACGACCGGGACAUGGCGCACAGCAUCCAGGACCUCCAGCCCGUGAUGGCCGGCCGGGAGCUGAGCGGCAAGCCGGUCAUCUGGGAGCCGCUGGUCCACGCCCCGCUGCAGACCGCGGCCGCCACCACCAACGUGGCCAUCGCCCUGACCCACCAGCAGAGCCUGGCGGCUCACAUCUUCCUGCCCCCCUCCUCCGUCUCCAGCCCCCUCUCGCCCGACGCCGUCCUCCUCGCCCGCCAACCCCGCCGCUCCCUGCAGCCCAGCGUGGGCGGCUCGCGGCCUUCCUCGGUCAGCUCCCCCGCUUCGGGGGGCCCGUCCCACUUACAGACGCCGGCGGCCGGGUCCCCGUCCUCCCCCAUGGUCCAGGGCCCACCGCCCUUGGAAAGCGCAGGGCCGCGGGGUGGCCCCCUGGGCCCAGCCCUCCCUCGGCCAGCCCAGAAAGGGGACCCCGUCCCGGGAGCCAGCCAGCCGCAGCUCUCCAGGUCCCGCGGGGCUUCGGUCUCCACCUCGCUUCUGCAGCAGCCGGCCAGCGCCUCGUCCGUCCCGCCCGGGCGGACUCUGCACUACAGCCUGUCCCGGGCCACCGGCUCCCACAUCUCCCUCUUCCUGCAGCCUCAGCAACUGGUCAAGCACCGCAGCACCCAAGGCCUCUCGGUGGGCCGCCUCACCCAGGAUAUCCGGCCGCUCUCCGCCUCUCAGCCUUCUUUGCCCCACCGGCUGACCCAGCAGGCGGACGUGGGGCCCUCCCAGCAGCCGGCCAGGAAGUCGGCCGGGAAUCUCGCCCACCGGUCCUCCACGUCGGUCGCUGGGCUGCUAGCCAAACCAGCCCCUGGCGGCGCGGGCCCGCCUUCCUCGCCGCAGCAGGUGCCUUCAGGUUCCAGCCGGUCCGUGAGCGGGGCGAGCACCCCGCAAUCCCCCGUCUCCACACCCCGGCACGCAGCCACCCCGUCCCGGAAGGGCUCCGUGGCGUUCAGCCCCGAGGUGGACUCUGGGAAGCCUAAGCUCCCCUCCAACAUGUGAGGCCUCAAGAGCCUGGGCCGCCGUGGCCGUGCCUGCCAAUGGAGAUGGGAAAGCCAGCCCCUAAGAGACCCAGGCCCUGGGGGCUGGGCCAGAGGUGCGGGAAUGGGCACGGGGCGAGUUCGCCAUCACAGGGCCAGCCCCGGAAGAGAGUCUGGUGUUGCUCCAAGUGGGGGCAGGGGGGAGCUGACCCCUCCGGGCCAAAUCCCCUCGCUGUCCUGUGACCCCCACUGCAGAGAGACUGAGCUGAGCCCCACACCUCACACUCAAGGGGGCAGGAAGAUAGGCGGCCGUGAGUGAGCUCCUCGGUUGGCCUUUGUGUGGGGAAGACGUCGUUGUGGGGCUCUCCCUCCUCUCCGCUCCUUCAGACAUAGUGCCACCUCUGGCCUGCUGCCAAUGGUCGUUGGUGGGUGUUGCCCCACAUGUGUGUCUGAGCCCCACAGGGCCUGGUUUAGGGUCUUGUGGUUUUUUUGGGGGGGGGGGCAGUGUGAAGAGGGGUGGUUAAACAAUAAAGCUGUUCCCUCCGUCUGCACAGCUUGGGUUUCCAAAGUGGGGAGAACAGGCUCAAAGGCCAUGGCUUGCACAAAAGAGCACAAUGUUCGUUCCCAGGAAUGCUGCUCUUCUCCCUCUCUGGGCAAAUAACUGCCGUGUGCGGACAGUCCCUGACAGGUGCCCUCCCCACCCCACCGGGUCUCUCCCCCGACUUUAGGAAUAUUUCUUCCCCCCCCGCCCAAAUUUGUGCAAUACGCAUCUUAAGGUGUCUCGUGCGAGUGCGUGUGACCGUAGAAACCCCUGGUUCUGUGGGGAGGGGAGGGUGGGCCGGGUUGACUCCCCGGGUCCCCUCCAUGCCUGCCCAUCUCCCCACUCCAGAGACGACAGAUUGGAAAGCCAAGCCUGAUCUUGCGAUUACUGCCAUCAUUCCUGCUUCUGGGCUGGGCCAGGGGUGUGGAGAAGCCCCCCACCGCAACCCCGCCACACACACACCGCCUCAGACAGCAGGUUGUGGCUUCUGCCAACUGUGGCUCAGGUAAUUCCCAGACUUGAAGAUGCAUUAAUGCCCCCCUAGAAGGGCCUGCCUGUGAAUGUCCCUCCAAGGACCGUGCCUGGGGUUUUUCUCCAAGCCCUGUCUAGUGGGGAUAGUGUGGGGCCACACGCUCUUUUUCACUUUCAGAUAAUCCGGCCAGAAUUUCUAUUGCUCUGUUUCCAUUGACUGCAGGACUUCUCCCUCUGCCUGUUAUUUGUAUGAGUUUCAGUCAGUGAGUCGAGGAAUCGAUCAGUCAGAUCUGCCUAUGCGAACAAAACCUUUCUAAAGAAAAACUUGAGCAGUGACCAUCAUAAAUACAGAACGAGAAGGCAGUAGUUUCUCCUGGAUUAACUGAGCAAAAUAGGAAGAGGGUAGGUCAUUGGAUAUGUCCUCCGGGCUCCUUUUGCGUCAGAUAAUGGUCUCCACUCAGGAGGGCCUUCUUUCCGGGUGUGGCAGCAUUGAAUUGCAUCUCUCCCUCCACUCACAUAACCAGAGGAUGCCUGUCCUGUUGUUGUUUUUUUAAACACACUUUAACCAGCUGGGCCUGGGUUGGGUUUCUUGGGAGUUUCCCCUUCUUCCACUGCCUUCUGUGCACCCCGUUUCCUCUUGAGGGUCGUUUGCAGAAGCCCUGGCUACUCCAGAGAGAUAGGCUUCUUCCCUGCCGCGUGCAUGGGUGGGAUGCCAUUGAAGGAGAAGGGAGAAGCAAACCUGGACCCAAUCCCUGCGCUCAGCUCCAUGCCCCACAAACACUAUGGGUACUGACUGGAGGUGCCCAUCACCAGCAACAAACGGGUCAUAACAGGGUAGCAGAGCACCCUCUCUUGGUCUGGCCCUCUCCUUGUGCCUCAACACUGCCAAGGCUGGUAGGUGGUUCUCCUUGGGCCAGGGGGGCAACUUUCCUUCCGGAAAACUCUGCGCCCCGACCCUCCUCCCCGACAAGGCCCCCCUGAGCCCCCUGGCCCAUCCCUCCUCUCCAGGAGCCUGUAGUUUUCGAUGUGCAUUCAAUCUGUGGCUCUGACCAGCAGCCCAAUUGUGUGUGAAAAGGUGUUGCUUUCAGACCUAGCUGUGUUCAGGGUAGAGUAGAUGUCCAGAGCCUCUUCCGAUUCCUCCCUUCCGGCCUCCCCAUAGGACCCCCUAGCCAGUUCUGCCACUCUGCUGUAAAAUGCUUCUCUGUCUACUUCUAGAGCUGGGGUGGGUGGGGAACAAGGCGACUGGAGGGGUGGGGAGAUCUUUGACACACUCAGCAAUAGGGCCAGCAAACUGCCCCCCCCCCAGGUUGCUGAUACACUCAAUUCCCUGCAAUAGAGGUGCUAGGCACAGAGGGCAGGCCCCAGGCGAGAACCUCUGUUGUGUCGUCCCUCUAGGUAGGUUGGGAUGUGGAUGGACGCCUUCCCUGCGGGGCGGGUCUCUGCCAGCUUAGCCCAACUAGGCAGGACAUUCCUGUUUCUGAGAGAACAGCCAGCACUGCCUUCUUGUCCCCUCUAUAGAACCCCCUCCCUCAGUCCCCUCCCCACACCAAAGCUCCUCUGGCAGGAGUUCCCCUCUUCAAAUGCGUCGUUUCAAAACAUUCCAGAGUUUCUUCUUGUUUACACGCAAUCAGGUAGAGCCAUCUGUAGCCGCUGUGCCCAUAGACAUGCAGUGAGAAUUAGGGGGGGCGCCCCGCUUUGUUCGGAGGGGCCCCUGCCGUUGGCCAUGUCCCCACUGGUGUCCACUUCUCCCGGAGUCUCCUCCUAUUGCUAGCCUCACUGCCACGCAUAACGACUCUCUUUGGGGGGUGGGAAGGUAGGUGCACAUUUCUGGGGCUUCCCGCCUUGGUGCAUCGAUGACUAUCCAUGGGACUCCCCACAUGGCUGCCCCCCAGGCCUUGCCAUGGGGACGCCCAUAUCAGAAGACCAUAUUUUGGCCCUAUCAACACAGGAGCAACCGUGGGGCGUCCCCGUGUCGGGGCCAACGUGUCGUCCGAGGCGAGUGUGGAUGUGCGCGCGUCUCUCUCUCUCUCUAGCGUGCGAGUGAACGAAUGUCCCAUCUAGUCACCAAAGACCGUGAUCCAUCUCCCGUGCACUCAGCAUCACCCGGUGUGCGGAGCUUAUAGGGUUUCAUAUCACAGGAAAAAACAAAAGCUACAGCUGUUUUCUUUGGUUGGUUCGGGUUUGUUGGUUUUUAAAAAAAUAUUAUUAUUUUUAUUUAAAGUUCCUGUUUCCUUCUUUCUUUCUUUAUUUAUUUAUUUCCAUCUCAUUGUACCUAAACGGAUUUCCAUAAUAAAGAGAGACUCAGAA